GUGCGAGAGAGACUGGUUGAGGUUGUCAGAGUAGAACAGAAGGUGUCGUAUGCUGAGGCAAUGAAGAGAGUAGAGGAUGAUGGGUCAAGGGUGAGUAGUUGGCCUAGGCCAAUACAGUGAUACGAAUUUGUGCUUCAGUAAGGUUGGCUUCUUAGCAUUCAUAGCCAUGGUUAUCAACUGUACCACAGAAAUGGAACCUAAAUCACAGAAAAUAGAUGUUGUGGUGGCAGCUGCAAAGAAGUACUUGGGUGUACAAGGUUUUACUGCAGGAGAGUUACAAGGUGUGUUGAACAAAGUAGUAGGCCUGGUGUAGGAUCAGUUAGGGUCAAAGUAGUGGACUGGGGUGGUGGUGUUUUUUUUUUAAAUGAAAUAGUGGUAUAUAGGUGAAGGGUUAGUUUGGUGGUACAAUUAUUUUCCUUUCCCUCUUCCUUUUUGUAUCACUCAAUUUAACGUGAUCGCCCACUCCCGCACAGUAGGUGGCGGCAUGCACAAACAAUUUGCGAACACCAUGAUACCGAAGAAACAGAAGUAGUGCAGUGAACAACUAGAAUUUCCACGUUAGCGUAUUUUAUGUUAUUUAGACGUUUAUUAACACAUUGGAACUCAAAAUACGAGCAUCAUAAACGUACCUCAGGUAGUCUUUACUUCGCGUUGGAGACGGGACUUGGUUUAUUCUAGGUAACGCUAGCUAGCUGCUAACCUAACGAUGGCUAACAGUAUGGUUUUUCACACUCAAAUAGCCUCCAUCAUGGAGGUUCUAGCGAAUGCAGCCGUGUCAGAGAUCUGUAAACUCGUAGACGACGACUAUGCAGUGUUUCGUUUGGAAAUAACUCAAAGCCAGAAAGAAAACAGGGGAUUGCGGAGGAAACUACAGCUAUUGGAACUGAAGGUGGCACGGGAACGCGCAGAGAGGACAAUACGAGAGCGCGUCCUCGCCAGUAGUGUCAAGAUUCACGACCGAUACAGCGGAAUGGCAAGAGGUGAAGGACAUCUCACUGGAGGCGACAGGAGCUUUGUGAAGCCAGCGGGACAUAACAUGUGGAGAGAUGACCAAACCAUAGCAAUUGAGGCGAGUGGAACCUCAACCCAGCAUUCUGUAGAUGUAGAGGCUGCAGGUCUUGGAGGAUCAUCUCUGAUCAAGCAGGAGAGGACUGAAGGAGAGGAGGACCCACAACACAGCAGAGACAUUCAGACUGGAGCAGCGGCUGGAGUGGCGCCACCUAUAGCCACAGAGGACCUUGUGACUGUUGCCGCGCCCCAGCCCAGGACCCAACGCAGAAUCACGGAGGUCAGUGGAAUGCCGAACGCCGUCCUCAAGUCAGAGACAGACACCGAGACUUUAACUGUAACACAAAGGCUCUUACACACAGGAUCUGACCACAGAUCAGACCCAGAGAGACUGGGGCAGGGGCCACUGGGCUGUUCUGCUCCCGGCUCAGAGUAUUUACUUUACAGUAACCCAAGCCCGAGGACGGUUCAUUCCCAUCUGGACUUGGGUGAUGCGUCAGAGACUGUCAAUGAUCCGUCUUGUUCUUAUACUACAGAGAUGGGCCCUGGCAACAUGGCCUUGGGUUUAGAGACCCAGACUGAUCUGUCUAGAGCGGAAUGGAACCGGCGCAGUAGUAGUGUAUACUCUGAAGGCAGCCAAGAUAAGAAAGGGGAGGUUAUAGUGGUAGAUGAAGUGACUGUGAAAGUGGAGGGUGACGCUCCUCCCACAUGGAAUGCAGAUAGUCUCCUAGGAGAUGGACACUCACAGGGCAGAGUUUUCUUAGACUACAGGGGAAGCUUAGAGACAAAUCUAAAUGGCGCCACCCACUCCCCUUUACACGCAUUCAGGGAUUGCGACCCAGUGUCCACGUCGACGACACCUUCUGAUUCACAAGGCUGCGUUCUUUUCGAUCAGGUAUUGAACUCAAAUGACCAAAGUGCCAAGGCUCGGGGAGGGGGAGCCACAUCAGGAAAUAGUAAAGAGAAACGGUUCCUCUGCAUGUUCUGUAACAAAGGCUUCAGCUGCCCCCAGAAAGUGGAGAUCCACCAGAGAGUCCACACAGGGGUGAAACCCUUCAGCUGUACCCAGUGUCACAUGAGCUUCGCCCAGGCUGGUGACCUGAAGAGGCACCAGAGGGUCCACACAGGGGAGAAACCCUUCAGCUGCCCCCAGUGUGAGAAGAGGUUCUCCCAGGCUGGUGACCUGAAGAGGCACCAGAGGGUCCACACAGGGGAGAAACCCUACAGUUGUACCCAGUGUCACAUGCGCUUCGCCCUGGCUGGCAACCUGAAGAUGCACUUGAAGGUCCACACAGGAGAGAGGCCGUUCGCCUGUAGGCAUUGCGGGAAGAGGUUCUCAGAGAGGAGCUACCUCAGGAUACACCAGCAGAAAACCCAUUCCACUCUGUAAAAUAGAAAAUAAUUUCACUCAAUAGCUUUUGACAUUUAGAUCAAACCCUGCAUUAACCCCCCAGCGUUUUUGUUAUGCGCGUGAUGUCAAAAUGCACUCACUAGCUAGGUUUCCAUCCCAAUUGGCAACAUAUUUUCAUGCGAAUAUUCUCAAAUCUGCAUAAAAACUGUGCACAUUUUCCCACCAGAAAUGUUUCCAUCAAAUCAGUGCGUGAUGACGUAGUGCACCCAAAAUGUACUUUUUCGAUUCAAGUUUUCAUGUACCUAAUAAAAAUAUAAAGUUCAAUGUGUUUCCGUCGCAUUUUCAACUCUACUGAUAGUUUUGUCAUAAACUGUUGUGUUAAAUAGCAAAUGUGUCUAAUCUGGUCUUGGCACCUGCGCUCUAGCCAACAGCUCGCAGAUACAAUACGGGUAGGCUAUGUAGCUUGUCUAGUCUACAUGAGAUUAUGGAUAACAGCGAAUAUUUUUGUCAAACGGCAGUCAAUUAUUGAUCAUCAUGUCACAGAAUAAGACCCUCUGUAUUUAUUGGAAAGCAGCAUCAAGCUCAUCACCAUGCACUUUCACAACAUAUUUCAUCUGAAGCCUAAUAAACUGUAUGGUUUCUCAAGUCGUAGUGGGAGGACCACACACAAUAUCAUCUCGUGACUCCAAAAAAGGCAUUUUCACCGGCAUUUCCCGUGUUAUUAAUUUUACCGACACAAAGAUCCCUCAAUGUCGAAGGAACAAAUGAUCUGUCUGCAUUUUUUUUUAAUUACACUGAAACUUUGUUUCCAUUACAGCUGUCGUGAUUUUUCUUUAAACCAAAAAAAUGACAAUUUUUGGAUGGAAACGUAAUUGGUGUUCCAAAAUGUGAUUGUUAGCCUAUAGAUAAUUAGCAGGCAGCGUGGGUUGUGUCAACUGGUCAAUUUCAAAUUAUUUUCAAACAGUUUGAAUUAAGGUGUGUUCCAAUUCCUUAUUAAUUCACAUAAAGUAUCCCAUUUCACUGUGUCGGAGAAUUUACGUUUGAGGCACUACGAUGAACCGGACAAACUUCUCUCUUCGAUGAGAGCCCAAGCACUUCCCCAGUGUUUCCCCUGGUCACGUAUGCAAACAUUUGAGCAUCUCCGAUCAGGAAAUAAAUGCUAACGUUUUCCUCCUGGCGCAUUUUCCGGCUGACUUACCUUCAUUGUUGUUUUCCUUACAAAUAAUAACUUUGGACAUGUGUGCGUUUCUAUCAAAGUAAGUGACUUAUUACAUUAUAGUUUGUAUCGUGUUAUGUCGCUUUUACUGUAGCACAAUGUAAUGUGUGCAUUCCUUUAUAACCGCGGACACGCAAGGAACUUAAUUUCUUAACCUUUAUGGUGUUCUACUCAAUUGUGCUUAUGUUACUAGCUACAUUCUUCUAUUAGCUUUGUAAAACAAUGCUGCUGUUGCACUCCACAAGGAGUGCAACAGCAGCAUUGUUAAAACACACGUCUCUGACGUGUGUUUUACAGAGAAGUAUUAGCUUGUGUUGUAUCUUUUAAAGCUGCCCUGGACUCAUGACCUGUGUAUUUUAGCUCUGCUGUGCCCUGCCUCCUUGUGGAGCUCAACAGUUACUGUUAUUCAUAUUUGUGAUUUUGUCAAUGCAAUUAAUUACUUUUAUAGCAGGGUUAUGUUACUACUUUAAUUGUUAUAUCCUGAUGCUAUAUUGUAAUUAGUAAUAAUUCCUCUUUAUUCUGUGCUUUCAGAAACCACACACAAACAGCAUUGAACAUUAUUUGCCAACAUCAUAACUGGAACUUUCUUGCAGAUGAUUGAGGCCAGCUUUUGUAUGCUAGCAACAUAGUUUAAACAGACACUCCUUUACAGUUUAACUUGGGGGAAAAAACAACAAGAAAAGACUGACAACUUAUUAAUAUGCAUAACCCAUAUUUCAAUUUUCAUGUAGUGAUUUGAACUGCAUUCCAACCCAUCCACCCCUAAAGUCAUAGUAUCAUGGCAUGUCAGUCAUUGCUGCAAAUGUGCUAAAUAGUGCUUGAGUGUAUGAUACUCCCCAAAGCAUGGUGCGACACACAGGGGUGUGUCACAAGCUGAACACAUGUACUUUGUCAACAACCUCUGCUUCCUUCUCAUGGUGCCAGACAGUCAGAUUUGCAGUGCCUCCGUGUGCGGGCCUGUAUUGAGCAGCAGUUUGAAAGAAUGCCUUGCGGUGAGGCGUAGGGGAUUGUCUGCAGCAGGACGGCCCCCAGUGGAGGUUCUCUCUGUACUUUUGGUAGGUAAUUACCUCACCUAUGGGGGAGUAGGGAGGAUGAGGGUGUGGAGAGGUGGGUGAGAGAGUCACUCAUUUUAGAAUUGAACUAUGUCCAAUUACAAAAAAAAUCUUGUUCAAUAAUCUCACCUGUUAUCUGGUGGUGAACUAUGUGGCCAUUGAGGACAGCAGUGUCAAUCAGAUGGAAAAAGAUCUUAUACCACUUGGUAGUCUUCCGAGUGCAUUCCACAAAGCUGAUUAUCAUGUCUGUCUUAUCCACUGCCCCCAUUUUGACGUUAGUCAAGCUCAGUCUGGUUUGAUCUUACUUUCUCCCAUCAGGUGGUCCACCUUCCCUGUGGCUGACAAGGCCGCUGUAUAGACAGACAGUGGAGAGGACAUGGACGUCUCGUUGGCAAGGGGCUUUGCACUCUAGACUGGGACUCAUCUAAGCAAACAGCAGUGCCAGGAGUGGUGAAAUGGCUCGCGGCCUUCCAGCUACCACAGACUUCUUGUACUUCAUCGGUCUGCCUCAUCACCAUCUUCAGAGAGGCAUGGGACUUUGUCGGUGGGCAAGGGGUCCUCAGUUUUAGGGUUAUCAAUGGCCACAAGGAUGGGAAGCAGAUCCUCACCGUCAGAAUCUGAUUUGACUCACUGUCAGAAUUUCCACAUUUGUGAGUUGUCUUCUUUUGAAAGAUAUUGCUAAUGCUACAGGUUAUCCCACUAGCUACAUACAUAAACAAGACUGAAUGUCA